AUGGCCGAUCCGUCGCAGAAUUACGAGAAAAUAAAAGUCAUCGGCCACGGAAGUUACGGUGAAGUUUGGCUCGUUACGCACAAGCAAGACAAAAAACAUUAUGUCCUAAAAAAACUCGACCUCCGGAAUUCGUCGGCCAAAGAGCGUUACGGAGCCGAGCAAGAAUGUCGUCUGUUGUCCGAACUGAAGCACCCAAACAUCGUGGCAUACAGAGAAUCCUUUGAAACUAAUGAAGGUUAUUUAUUCAUAGCGAUGGGUUACUGCGAAGCAGGGGACCUCUACUCGAGACUCAAACUUCAAAAAGGUCUGCCAUUGGAGGAGAAACAGAUUGUAGAGUGGUUCGUCCAGAUUGCUAUGGCGCUUCAGUACAUGCACUCGAAGAAUAUACUGCACAGAGAUUUGAAGACCCAAAAUAUUUUCCUAACUAAAAAUAGAAUCAUUAAAGUUGGAGAUUUGGGAAUUGCCAGGGUACUGGAGAGUUCAAAUGAUAUGGCCAAGACACUGAUAGGCACCCCAUACUACAUGAGUCCAGAAAUAUUCUCAAAUAAACCCUAUAAUUUCAAGUCGGAUGUCUGGGCACUUGGUUGUUGCGUAUUUGAGAUGGCGACAUUGAAGCAUGCCUUUAAUGGGAAAGAUAUGAAUUCGCUCAUGUACCAGAUACAAAGAGGAAAGCUGCCACAAAUUCCUGAGACAUACACAGAUGAAUUGAAAUCUCUGAUAAGAGCCAUGCUACAGAGACUACCUGAAAAACGACCUACAGUCAACAGAAUACUGAGAGAUCCGUUUAUUAAAAAACACAUUGCUCUCUUUCUUGAAGAAACUACUAGAUUGCAGAGGUUUCUGAUUGGCUGGUUGAUUAAUUGA